GUGUCUAAAAGGAUGAUCAGGUAAGGGGAAAUUGUUUAGAGUUCAAAUAUAACUUGCCACAUGGUUCAAAAUCUUUCCACCCCUCCACUCCAAAAACCCAAUCAGACAAGUAGCAGUAAUCUGACUCCCAGUGCACUCAGGGCUGUGCUCCUGGCUCUUAGAGCUCUGUCUUCACUGCACACCAUCCAGGGAAGGAAUGAGUGACAGACCAGCAGCAAGAAGCUGGGGUAAGUGUGGACGUCUGUGUAAGUGUGAGACCAUCAUGGUGGCAUUUAAAGGCGUCUGGACUCAGCCUUUCUGGAAAGCUGUUUCAGCAGAAUUUUUGGCCAUGCUAAUUUUUGUCCUCCUCAGCCUUGGCUCUACAAUCAACUGGGGUGGAUCUGAAAAGCCUCUGCCUGUAGACAUGGUCCUUAUCGCUCUCUGCUUUGGACUGAGCAUUGCAACCAUGGUGCAGUGCUUUGGACACAUCAGUGGUGGCCAUAUUAACCCUGCUGUGACUGUUGCUAUGGUCUGCACUAGGAAGAUCAGCCUUGCCAAAUCUGUCUUCUAUAUUGUUGCCCAAUGCCUGGGUGCCAUAGUGGGGGCAGGAAUUCUCUACCUUGUCACACCCCCAAGUUUGGUGGGGGGCUUGGGAGUUACUACGGUACACGGAGAUCUUUCCGCUGGCCAUGGACUCCUGGUGGAGUUGAUAAUUACAUUCCAGCUGGUUUUUACUAUUUUUGCCAGCUGUGAUUCAAAACGAAGAGAUGUCACUGGUUCAGUGGCUUUAGCAAUUGGAUUUUCUGUUGCAAUUGGACAUUUAUUUGCUAUCAACUACACUGGUGCCAGUAUGAAUCCUGCUCGAUCAUUUGGACCUGCAGUUAUCAUGGGGAAAUGGGAAAACCACUGGGUCUAUUGGGUGGGACCAAUAAUAGGAGCAGUCCUUGCAGGUGCCCUUUAUGAGUAUGUAUAUUGCCCAGAUACUGAGUUCAAGCGACAUUUUAAAGAUGUCUUCGGGAAGGCUACCCAUCAGUCUAAAGGGAAAUACGUGGAGGUGGAUGAUAGCAGGAGUCAAAUAGAGACUGACGACUUGAUCCUGAAGCCUGGCACGGUUCAUGUGAUUGACAUUGAGAGUGAAGACAAGAAGGGGAGUGAUCCAACCAAUGAGGUGCUAUCUUCUGUAUGACUAGCAAGGAGCACUGAAAGCAGAGAACGGCCUUCUAGAAUGUCCACAGAUAUCCUUCCACCCAUUAAAGAGACAGAUCUACUGUAAACCAGACACCUGCAAUAUCUGAAAAUGUAUGGAGAUGACAGCAGCUAUGUAGUUGCUUCACCAAGCUGUACACCUGCUCAGUUUGAUUACAAAUUUACUAUAUUUAAGAGUCCCCACAGAUUCUCCCAAAUUCAGAAAUGUCCUUUUUUGGGAGAGAGCAUUCCCAAAGUCAAUUUGAAAGAGCUGAUAGCAUUCCCUUUUUAAUAAGGCCAUCAAAAGCAAGAUGGAAAUAGAGAUGUUUAACAUUCAGAUUGACAGUUAAGACUUAUCUGCAAAUGCCUAUAGCAUGCAGACGUAUUUAUCAGAUUAUUCUUCUGACACUUAAUUGGCUGUUGUCAAUCCUGAUUAGAAUGUCUUAUCCAUUAAGUGUUCUUUGCAAGGUUCAGUGACAAUAAUGCCAAAGUACAGCAUGUAACCGAUUCAUCCAAAUUUAAGGUAGUAUUGUUUGUUCUUGUAUAUCCUAUCAUUUUUUCUUUACAAACUCUGAAAAAACUAUAUUUUCAUAGGCAAAAAUUGGUUCCUGUCAGUCAUCCUACCAAUUUUCAUCCAUUACAUAUGCAUGUUCUGGUGUAAAAAAUACUGCCUUCCUCCCGUUCCCCACAACUAAAAAUAUUGAAGCCAAAGGCUCUAAUCUACUGCAAUAAUGCUGUAAAACCUUUGAAUGUAUUGUAUGCAGGUUAGCAUAGUUGUCCAUCUGGUGAAACAUUGUCUUGAGAUUCAGCUAUUGACCAUUUAGUAUUAGCUGACUAUAGGUCAUGCAGGGAACCUGAAGGCCCACAUGUUUCUCAGUAACUCAAGCAAAAGGAAAUAAAUGUUCUGGUAUCAGAAGAAAGGAAGGUGUUGUCUGUUUUCAGUGCACUUAUUCAAACAAAUAUCACUGUGCUAAUUUAUAUAACUAAACAUUUAAAUUACUUACCCACUUUGCUGACAAUCUUAUUUUUAUUUAUUAGCAAAAUAAAGGUGGAUUUUUAAAAAAACUUUUAACCAUAUUGAAGCACUGACUGGAAAAUAUUUGUAAUAACAAGUUAUAUUGAUAUGAUUGCUUUUGGUUUUGACAUUUUUUUGCAAACUGGUCUCUAGUUAGUUGAACAGCAUCAAUGUUUGUGGCACUGUUCAUAUAAUCUUAUUCUGUCAUUUCUGUGGCAAAGUUUUCUCUGUUAAUUAAAUUUGACAGUAAGAAAUGCAAGCAUGUGAUGCUUUUUAGAGAAACAGGGAAAGGGAUGUCCCAAUGAUAUUACAUGCAAAAGUGCUUAAGUGACCAAUCCUUCCUUUAUAGAAGUGUUUCAACAGAGGUAGCUAACCCAACAUAAAACCUUUAUAGAAUCUUUUUAAUUAGCUCAUGGCUUUGUUCCUAACUAGUUGCGUUGGAUUUUUUUGUUUUUGGGGGUUUUUUUUGUGAUUUUGGCAAUAUGCUAUUACAGUGCUUGUUGGAACACCAUUUUCUGUCACCCUAGUUGUAUAGGUUGUAUCUAAAACUUGAAAUCCGAUCAUGAUUAUUUAACUAUAGUAAAAAAAAAAGUGGAUUGUAUGUAAUAGACUUGUCUGUCCUUUGAUUUACAAUAUGUGCAAGUGUGUAACUCAUUAAAAUGAGUAAGGGGGUGUAUGUAUGUAUAUAUAGUAAUGGGAUAACAGAACACUGCUAAGUUCAAAUCUGUGCAUCAUUGCAUAAGGGCAUGUCUAUCACCAGCUUAUUUCAACCAGUAGUCCAGGCAUUAUCAUGUUAUAUUCAUAUUCCUGAUCUCUUCCUCGCUUUGAUAGCCUCUAUUUCUGUAGGAAAGGGGGAUGUUUUUCAUGAAUUGUAUAUAUCUGAUACAAGUGCCGCAUCAAAAUUCAAGAAUACAAACAUAAAUAAGAACAUGCAAGAUAAUUUUAAAUUGUAUUGAUGAAUGUUGUUAUGUGCUAAGGAUGAAAUCCAUCUCUGUGCAGCAUCGCUACAUAUGCUUACCAGAGAGAUUUUGCUAAACAUUUAAUAAAUGCAUGAUUUCAACAGGCUAACUAAAAGGGACAAGUUGUACAACAUUCGUGGACUGUUAGGUAGACUUUGUUUCUUGCAUUUCACUAUUUUAAGAAGCACAGUAUAUAGUGACUCAUCACUUGUGAAGUUUGUACAGCAUCACGUUCUUUAAAUACAAGGCUGUGGUUUUUGCACUCAUGGCUUGUCUAGACAAAAGCCAGAUUCUGUGGCUGAGGUGAGCAU